AUGGCAGCUAAUGACAACUAUCACCCAGGUGGUCGGAAUAGUGCUAAAAAGGGAGGUAAAUAUAAUGUUGAUGCUUUAACCAUGUUGACUAGUACUGUGCAGGCACUAUCUCAAAAGUUUGAUCAAUUUCAAACUGGGUCAUCUACGGUAGCUUCAUGUGAAGUAUGUGGAAUACAGGGACAUAUUGCUAAUGAUUGUCAAAUCAAUAAUGUUGGGUUGACAAUUGAACAAGCCAAUGCUCUUUACAACAACAAUAACCAGAGACGGCCAUUUGAUCCUUAUUCCAAUACAUACAAUGAGGGGUGGAAGCACAAUCCUGCAUUCUCCUACAAGAACACUGAGAAACAGCUAAAUCCACCACCACCACGCAACAACUUCAAUCAACCUCCAGGUUUUCUAGCUAGACCACCUUUCAACCCACAAUCCUUCAAUCAACAGACCCCUCCACAACCAAAGUCCAAUUUGGAAGCUAUGGUUGAGUCUCUUGCUGCCUCACAGCUUAAGCAACACAAGUAUUGGGAAGGGCAGAUGAAGCAAAAUGAGUUCCUCUCUACCUCAUUCAACAAAUUCAAGCUCAUGGAGAGUCAGGUAAGCCAACUUGCUCACCAAGUGGGUCAAUCCUCAAAAAUUCCAGGCCAAUUUCCUGGAAAUACUGAGCAACCACCUAAGGAUCAGAUGAAUGCUGUGACUUUGAGGAAUGGUAGAGUGUUAGAAGAGCUUCCACCAAGGGUACCUCAAAAGAAAGUGAUUGUGGUAGAAGAAGAGAAAGAUGAAUUUGAAAAAGUGGUUGAAGAAGAAAAAAAGGAACCUAUUGUUUCUCCCAUUAAGCCAUACAAGCCACCUGUUCCUUUUCCACACAGACUAGCACAGGCCAAGCUAGAGAAGAAAUGUGGGAAGUUCCUUGAGGUCCUGAAGAAGCUGCACAUCAACAUCCCUUUCUUGGAUGCUAUCUCAGAGAUGCCUUCUUAUGCUAAGUUCUUGAAAGACAUGCUAUCAAUAAGAGGAAGAUCGAAGAGAAUGCAACCGUUUCAUUAA